AUGGCUUCUUCUUCCUCGGCCGCGAAGCCGGAGGAGACAGGCGGCGGAGAGAUCUCGGAAGCGCCCCCGCCUCCACCACGGCCGCCGCUGGGCGGCGGCGAUCAGAUUUUGUUGUAUAGAGGUCUGAAAAAGGCGAAGAGAGAGAGGGGAUGUACGGCGAAAGAGCGCAUCAGUAAGAUGCCGCCUUGCACCGCCGGCAAACGCAGCUCAAUUUAUCGAGGGGUCACCAGCAGGCAUAGAUGGACUGGUCGGUAUGAAGCUCAUCUUUGGGAUAAAAGUACCUGGAAUCAAAAUCAAAACAAAAAGGGAAAACAAGGUUGGUGUGCAUAUGAUGAUGAGGAAGCUGCAGCAAGAGCUUAUGAUCUCGCAGCUCUUAAAUAUUGGGGCCCAGGAACACUCAUUAACUUUCCUGUGACAGAUUAUAGUAGAGACCUUGAGGAAAUGCAAAAUGUCUCGAGGGAAGAUUAUCUAGCAUCACUUAGAAGGAAGAGUAGUGGUUUCUCAAGGGGUAUGUCAAAAUAUCGGCCCCUCUCCAGUCGAUGGGAUUCCCAGUUUGGCCAGGGGCCUGCACCUGACUACAACAGUGAGUUCUAUGGUGAUGAUGUUGCUACAGGAAGUAGUUACUCCACCGAACGGAAAAUUGACUUGUCCAAUCACAUCAAAUGGUGGGGGACAAAUAAAUCUGGUCAAACCGACUUCCGUUUAAGGGCCUUAGAUGAAACAAACAUUGGGUUUCCCGAUGAUGUUGCUAGUGAACUUAAAGAUUUAGAAUGCUCCGCCGGCAAGCCCACCGAACCAUACGAAAUGCCUCGGCUAGGCUUUCCUCCCGAAAGAUUGAAGCACAAAAAGAUAUCUGCUUUGAGCACUUUACUCAAGUCGGAUGCGUACAACCGCCUUCAGGAGAAAGUAUCGAAAAAUAAAGAAAAGGAUGAGAACAAUGAAAAUGAGAACAAGAACAAUAUAUUAUUAGACAAAAUUGAGGUUGGAAAAACGGCUGACAGAACAUGCCAUGAUGUAGGAAGUGAGCACGGUGUGGCAUUUGGAUUUGGCGGAGGAUUAUCUAUUCAUAGGAAUGCUUACCCUUUAACCUCUCUUUUGUCCGCUCCACUAAUUACCAACUACAAUGGUCUUGACCCAUUGGCUGAUUCUGCUCUUUGGAGUAAUCUCAUUCCUGUUCUCCAAACGGGCCCGGGAUCUUCACACACAAAUGAGGUCUGCUAUUCUUAUGCCGAGUUUAUUUUCAUAUGA